AUGCGGAGCCGCGCCCUGCCCCUCACAGGAGCGCGGGCUGCAGGACCCUUCGCCUCCCCCUGUAACUCCCGAUCGGCUUUCCGGCAGAAACAGCACAUUUCUGCCUUCCCCACACUGGGCUCUCUCCCGGCUGUGGCACAACACGGAGGGCGCCUGCGCUACCCUCGCGUUCCAGGAGGCCGGGCCGCGCCUGCGCUGGCGGCGGAGCCGGAGCCAUGUUCGGCCGCGGAGCCGCCGCUCGCCUCAGCCAUGUCCGGCGGGCAGCGGCGCCCGGGCGGCGGGGAUCCGGCCGGGCUUCGCAGUUCUGUGCAACAUCCACACUGCUGGCACCAAGAACAGGAAUGUAGAAGCUGGAAUGAUUCAGAUUCUUCUGUGUUUGAGGAAUAUCAAUGUGAGCAUUCAGACCACUGGCUGGAGAGCUCUACAGCACCAGAACAUUCUAGGUCUCUUUCUAGCUGCCCCAGCUGGGAAGGUAGAAUUGAAGAAGGCAAAACAAUGAGGACAUCAAAUAAAAAAAUGACAAAUGAUUCUGCUAAUCCAGCUGAAAGGGAAACAGAUGAAGUGGUUCUGAGGAGAAGACAAAAACAGAUCAAUUUUGGAAAGAAUACCCUCGCAUAUGAUAGAUACAUUAAAGAAGUUCCAAAGAAUCAGCGAAUACCAGGAGUUCAUCCUAGAACUCCCAACAAAUUUAAGAAGUACAGCCGUAGAUCCUGGGACCAGCAGAUCAGGCUGUGGAAGAUAGCACUGCAUGCCUGGGAUCCUCCUGCUGAAGAGACCUGGGAUCUGCAGCCAGUUAGUACAGAACCCUCAGGCAGCUCCCAGGAAUGGUUCUGCAAAGAUCAGGACAUUUCUGCCUCCUUUGUGUUUGACGAAAAGCAGAAGAGAAAUGAAUGUGAAGACGAAUGCAGGCAGACUGACUGCACACCUGAGAGUCCCUGUUCAUCUGAUUCUUCUCCAGUAUGGAAACGCAGAAAAAGAAAUAAUUCUGAGUCCUCUGUGGUUUCAGAGAGCAAAGCCCCUUAUGUGCAGAUGUACCACACACUGGAAAGCCUUACUGACUCAGGACAUCAGGAGGCUUUUUCAAAAUGCUCAGAGUGGGAAGCCUUUGGUGAAGAUGAUGAAGUAAUGACAGUACAGCAAGGUAUAGAAAUAACAAGUGACCCAAUUCCAGCGGGUUGUUCUUCAGGGUUGAACAAUCCGAAACAGAAGAAAUCCAACUUCUUUCUGCCUGACAGCAAAACUUGCAGAGACACAGACUGCAGGCUGGAGAGGCUUAAACUUUGUAGCAGUUUCUUGGAAGGACAUCGGUCAGAAUACCCUGAAAGAGGAUGGGGAAGUGCAAAUGCUGAAGAUACAAUAAUGAGGAAAAAAAUUUAAAUACCAAGUCUCUCUUUGUAUAUAGAAGUAUUGAAGAAGGAAUUUCUCCUGUGACAGAAAAAGACUUGAAGAAUAGGGAUGUAGUCUGAGAUCAGCAGAUCAAGUCUUGGAAAACUGGUGCUGUCAUGUAGGAUCUGCACUGCAAGAGGAAGAGAUUUACAGUCAGCAAACGUGCAAUCAACACAAGGUGAAAUUAUUCAGGUUUCUCCAGAUCUUUAUAAGGAUAGAUUGUUUUCUACAAGCUGUGCCUCAAGUGUAAAACUUCAGAUUUCAUGAAGCCUGUGCUACAGUGACAAUGGAUGUUCCUUAAAGCUUUUGUGAGAAAGUUUCUGCUGUCCCUGCAUUCGCAGGUGACAUGUGCAUCACAUUGCAAAGGCUACUUCAGGUGAUGGAUCCUGCCAUUCCAUAUGGAGAUCUUGCUCCUAAAUGUUAUACCAGGGAAUUGGUUCAAUAUUCAGUCAAACUGAGGAAUGUCAGCCCUAAAACCAAGGAGUCCCUUUGCUUUACUGGACCAGAAUUGUACAUCCAGCCUGAAGAACUGCUUCAGAAGAAUGUAGAUAAUUUCAACCUUUCUCCAGUUGUUAAAGACAAGCUGUUGAGAACUUU